AUGACUGAAGCUCUCACAACCAUAUCAACAACUUCUGGUGAUACCCAACGGCCAACGACUGAAGCUCUCACAACCAUAUCUACAACUUCUGGUGAUACCAAACGGACAACUACUGAAGCUCUCACAACCAUUUCUACAACUUCUGGUAACACCCAACGUCCAACGACUGAAGCUCUCACAACAAUAUCUACGACUUCCGGAGAUACCAAGCGGCCAACAACUGAAGCUCUCACAACCAUAUCUACAACUUCUGGUGAUACCAAAUGGCCAACGACUGAAGCUCUCACAACCAUAUCUACAACUUCUGGUGAUACCAAACGGGCAACGACUGAAGCUCUCACAACCAUAUCUACGACUUCUGGUGAUACCCAACGGCCAACAACUGAAG